AUGUUGCCACGGAGGGUGCUUGGCGGUCUGGCCGCGAGCAGAGCCGAAGGCGUUGAUGGAACUUGCAGAGCACUAGUCUCAUUGCAGAAUGCACUUUGUAAGCCAUCAGAUACCGGUACAGUUCAAUUUUCUUCUCCAUGGCAGCAGCACCAGACUCGCGGACAGAAAGCUGCACCUACGCCGGCAAGUGAAUUGCCAUUGCAGACAGGCCGUGCCCGCAUGGUUGUGCUUGGGACGGGCUGGGCAGCAGCGCGACUCAUCAGAGAUAUUAAUCCAAAGUUAUUUGAUUUCACGGUGAUCUCACCGCGGAACCAUAUGGUGUUCACCCCUCUUCUCGCAAGCACUUGCGUUGGGACCCUUGAACCCAGAUCUGUUGCUUUACCCUUGACAGACAUCCAGCCUCAGCUCAAACAGCUUCAGAACAAGUACUAUGCAGCCGAUGCUGUCGCCAUCGAUAAAGAUAAACAGGUUGUGACAUGCACUGAGGAUGGGGUGGAGGAAUUUGAUGUCAAAUUCGACAUGCUGGCCAUUGCCACUGGCUCACAGGGUUCAACAUUUGGGAUCCCUGGAGUGGAGCAGCAUGCCCACUUCCUCAGAGAUGUGUCGAAUGCGACUCACAUCAGAAACCACCUUAUUGCAAACUGGAACAAGGCCAACCUCCCAACUCGGACCCAAAAGGAGCGCUCACGACUGCUCCAGAUUGUAGUCGUCGGAGGUGGCCCAACUGGCGUCGAGUUUGCCGGCGAGCUCAGCAGCUUCAUCUCUACCCGCGCGAGAGACAUUCGAAUUUCGCUGGUAGAGGGGGCGCAGCUGCUUGGCAGCUUCGACGUGCGGCUGCGCGAAUACGCCGCGCGCAAGCUGCACAACCAGGGCAUCCACCUCAUCAAGGUCAUGGUGAAGGAAGUGAAGGAGACCGAACUUAUCCUGCAGAACGGGGAUGUCAUUCCUUACGGCCUGUGUGUCUGGAGUACUGGAGUGGGUCCCACAGAUUUCACCACAUCCCUACCCUUUGCAAAGACAGCCAGGGGGCGCAUAGCAGUGGAUGACUGCCUGCAUGCGGGCGACAAGUCAAGCAACGAUGACUUCGAGCCUCUGCACAACAUCUUUGCCCUGGGAGACUGCUGCGCAAAUAAGGAGCACGCGUUGCCAGCGCUUGCACAGGUGGCAGAGCAGCAGGGGAUGUACCUAGCCAAGCAGCUGAAUGCGGCAGCAAAGGCAAGGGUGGGCAAAGAGGAGGCGCCUCAAUGGAAGCCAUUCGAGUAUCAUCACCUGGGCUCCAUGGCACUCGUUGGGAAGGGGUCUGCAAUUGUGGAGCUGGGGGAUCACAGCAAGGGCAGGGGGCUGUCCCUGACCGGCUUCAAGAGCUGGCUGGCAUGGCGCUCCGCAUACCUCACGCGGCUGGGCAACGUGCGAAACCGGCUCUAUGUGAUGCUGGACUGGACAAUCGCGCUGCUCUUUGGCCGGGACGUCUCCGCCUGGUGA